UUCACUAACACCGACAGGAAACUAAUAACCAAUAAACAUUAUACAAAUAAUAAAUAAACCAUAUCAAAAAAAGGAAUAGUAAAAUUCAGCAUGUCACAACCUUCGGCGUUAUUAGAACAAGCCCGUGACGCAGCAGCCCUCGAAGACUACACAUUAGCGGAAACCAAUUACAAGCAAUUGAUCUUAAAUUAUCCAGAUCAAACUGUAACUAGUACUAAAAGAUUACAGGAACAAGAAUCGGCUAUAAUUGAAUUGGGGAAAAUAUAUCAGAAGAAUGAAGAUGCCGAGAAAUUGAGACAACUCAUUGAACAAUCUAAACUGGUGUUGGGAGACUUUGCCAAAUCUAAGACAGCUAAGAUUGUUAAGACAUUAAUUGAAAAUUUCGAUACUAUUAGUAAUUCUUUAGAUUUACAGAUUCAAUCGACUAGAGAUAGUAUACAAUGGGCCAUUGAUAAUAAAUUACUGUUUUUAAGACAAUCAUUACAAUUGAAAUUAUCAGAAUUAUUAUAUAAGAAGGGAUUAUUUCAAGACGGGUUAAAGAUUAUAAAUGAUUUAUUAAGAGAAUAUAAGAAAUUAGAUGAUAAAUCAUCAUUAGUAGAAGUACAAUUAUUAGAAUCUAAAAUUUAUCAUUCUUUACGUAAUAUUCCUAAAUCUAGAGCUGCAUUAACUAGUGCAAGAACUUCAGCAAAUUCUAUUUAUUGUCCAACUUUAUUACAAGCAGAAUUAGAUUGUCAAAGUGGGAUUCUUAAUGCAGAAGAUAAAGAUUAUAAAACUGCUUUUUCAUACUUUUAUGAAUCAUUUGAAGGAUUUAAUUCUCAAGAUGAUAGUCGUUCUAUUUUAAUCUUAAAGUAUAUGUUAUUAACUAAGAUUAUGUUAAAUCUUAUUGAUGAUGUUAAUAAUAUUUUAAAUCAUAAGAAUGUUCAAAAAUAUCAAUCAAAAGAUAUUGAUGCUAUGAAAGCCAUUGCUACUGCAUAUUCUAAUAGAUCUUUAAAAGAAUUUGAAAAUGCCCUUGUAACUUAUUCAACAGAAUUAAAAUCUGAUCCUAUUAUUAAAAAUCAUUUCAAUGCAUUAUACGAUAACUUGUUAGAACAGAAUUUAUUAAAGAUUAUAGAAUCUUAUAGUUGUGUAGAAUUAUCUCAUAUUUCUAAGACUAUUGGAUUAAAUUUACAACAAGUUGAAGGUAAAUUAUCUCAAAUGAUCUUGGAUAAAGUGUUUUAUGGGGUAUUAGAUCAAGGUAAUGGUUGGUUAAUCAUUUAUGAUGAACCAAGAAAAGAUGCAGCCUAUGAUGCUUCUAUAGAUUUGAUUAAGAACUUAUCCAAUGUAGUGGAUUUGUUGUAUGAAAAGGCAUCUUCAUUGAAUUAGUGUAU